AUGAGUGACAUUACUUCAAAAUGGCCUUCAAAUCAUGCAGUACGGAUAGAUGGUGAUAUCAUUAUUGGAGGUUUGUUGCGAGUUCACCAGUCCUCGGACAAGCAUGUUUGUGGACAGCUCCUUCAGCAAUUAGGUAUCCAAUCCGUCGAAGCGAUGCUUUAUACGUUGGAUAAGAUCAAUAACGGGUCUAUAUUGCCUGGAUUUACCCUCGGUCUACUCGCGUUUGACGACUGCAGUCAUGAAGCAUACUCGUUAGAACAGUCUGUGAAGUUUGUUCGAUUCGACCAGGACCUGGAUUAUAAUAUUGUGGAUCCAACCGAUGUGGAAUCGGCAUGUAAGGUGAACGAUACAGUGGACAGUGCCUGGACUAAGUCUAGUAAGAAUCGGGAUCGAGGCUCGCGUGUGGCCGGAGUAGUCGGGGCAUCAACCAGUUGGUGCACCGUACAGGUGGCGAAUCUCCUAAAGCUCUUCAAGAUUCCACAGGUGGCAUACUGGUCAACCAUCAACGACCUAAGCAACAAGGACCGCUUCCCCUAUCUCUUCAGAACGGUCCCUCCCGACCGCUACCAAGCAAUGGCCAUGCUGGAUUUCCUGCAUCGCUUCAACUGGACUUAUGUAUCCAUCGUACACGACUCGUCCAACUACGCGGUGCGCGCCGUAGAGGAGCUGACGCGCUUGGUCAAGGCGAGCAGCAUCUGCUUAGCAACCACGCAGGUGUUCCCUCAUGACGUCAGAGACGGGAUCGGUUCUUAUUACGAUGAUAUCGUUUCAGCUUUACUGAGCAAACCAACGGCAAGAGUUGUGAUAGUCUGGAGUGAGGAGUACCAUGUUUCCAGAUUAUUACAUGCUGUUCAGAGGAAGAAUGUGGAGAAUCAUUUCAUCUGGAUCGGCAGUGAUUCGUGGAGUGGCAGACAGUAUCAGACACUCAACAAUGAAGCAGCAUUAGAGGGCGCCAUUACGUUUCAUCCAACAACCAAACCAAUCGAUGGUUUUGACGAGUAUUUCACUAGUCUGCGCCCAUUGUCGAACCGCCGUAACCCCUGGUUCUUAGAGUACUGGGAGGUCCUACACAACUGCACGUGGUCCAACACUGAUACCAUCGCUAGCCACAACCGCGUGGUUCAUCGACCACCGUAUCGCACCGUGUUUCCUCGCCGCUGCACGGGAAACGAACGUCGCCAUCUCUCGUUGGACGACUACCAGCAGCUUUUCCAGCUUCAGUUCGUGGCCGACGCCCUGCUGGCCUUCGCCUACGCGCUCAAGGACAUGCAUGCGGACCUGUGCGGAGUGGAGACGCCAGGACUGUGUGAUCGCAUGCGACCUGUUCAAGGCGGUCUCCUCAAGAAAUACCUGAGCAAAGUGCAGUUCAAAGGUAUAACGGGUGCACAGUUGAGCUUUGAUGAAGACGGCGACGGCCCCGCACUCUACACCUUGCUCAACUACCAGCAAGUCAGUCCCGGGGUGUACAACUAUGUGACCAUUGGACACUACUCUGACAAGAUCCAUUUGAACGGUUCUCAGCCCCAGUUCAAGUUGUUCUCGCCAGAAUACCCUACGUCGGCCUGCGGCGUGCCAUGCAAGCAGUGGGAAGUCAAGGUGGUCCUGGAGGAUAAGUGCUGUUGGCGCUGCGAGCCAUGUGGUGAUCUGAGCAGUCCACAUUACCUAGUUGAUAGAGAGACGUGUGAACAGUGCGAGGAAGGAAGCAGGACCAAUGCUUCCUACACGGGGUGUGAUCUGGUGCCAGCGGUGCCCAUUCUACCAACCGGAUGGGCCAUACUGGUUAUUGUCUUCGCAAGCUUGGGGAUACUCACAACUGGCAUCAUUGGUCUCAUCUUCAGACGCUAUCGGAUGACGCCGCUUGUCAAGGCAUCGGGCAAGGAACUCAUGACUGUGCUCCUGUUCGGCGUCUUGAUGUGUUACAUCAUAUCAAUCUUGUUCUUUGUUCCUCCAAACUUCAUUGUCUGUGGUCUGCACCAGCUCUUGAUGUCGCAUGGAUUCACAGUGUGCUACAGCGCCCUCCUCGUCAAGACCAACCGCGUUCAUCGGAUCUUUCAGAACGGUCGGUCAACGCCCAAGCGACCUGAAUUCAUCAGCCCAAUAUCUCAGGUCAUAAUCACCGUCAUUCUCAUCGGUGUGCAGGCGAUACUGUCCGCGGUUCUGAUGGCUGCCAAUCCACCUCAUGUUGUCCGAUCCGGGGCUAAUGAUGGUGAGGUUUACUUGGUGUGUCAUUGCUUUGUUGAUCACUUCUCGCUACUCAACAUGGCUUACCCCAUACUCCUCAUGCUCUUGUGUACGGCAUAUGCGUUCCUCACUCGUAAAAUACCCGACCAGUUUAACGAAGCCAAGUUCAUUGGAUUUACUCUGUACACCACUUGUAUCGUUUGGCUUGCUAUGGUGCCAAUUUACAUCUUGACGGCAUCCAACCUAAAGCUUCGUCUCAUCAGCGUCAGCUUCGCCGUCUGCCUCAGUGCCACCGUCAGCCUCGCGUGCCUUUUCGCGCCCAAAGUCUACAUCAUUCUUUUAAGACCCAAACGCAACGUGCGUAUGAACAACGCCGCCAUGAAACACGCCAACAACUGUCAUCAUGUCGUGUCCCAAUCGGCACUUUCACACACGUGUAGCAACCAGGAUGAGUCGACACCCGACGAACAUGAACAUGAACAAGAAAUGCUCUGACAAAAGGCCGAUAUUGUGGGGCAUUUUGUUUCGUCUCCUACUUCCACCUUUCAUUGCCUUCUAAAAUCCAAUGCAAGAACGUCAUAGCACAAAGUCAUUUCUUCAGUUUUUGAGAAUGGAUCAAUCUUUUUUUGAAGACAUUCGUGUUAUCUCUGCUGGUGAACAUAGAAUGUAAACUAUG